CGGUUUGUGUGUUGUGUGUGUGAGCGCGUCGACGCGUGUCCUUAUGGAGCGCACUUGCUCCUCGACUGAACUUUCAUUGGGUGUGACGGGUAGUCGGGGCUUUCGUGUUUGAGAUAAUAUUGACUUUUUUCUAUCCAGCUGCAAACCUGGAACAGAAAGCCUCCGCUGACCCCAGUACGGCGCCGGCGGCCGCCCGGUGACGCGUCGCCGCCGCCGCGCCGCGCCGCGCCGCGCGCGCGCGCCGCCGCCGCCGCCAUGGCCGACGAGCAGCGCUACAUCGUGGACGUGUUCGUGGGUGCGCUCAGUCCGCACUACGAGGCCCUCAGCAUCCAGGCCAGCAAGGCGACGUCGGCGGCCGAGAUCGUGCUGUGCAUCGCCGACAAGCUGCAGCUGGCCGAGCCGGCCGCCUUCGAGCUGGCCGAGGUGGUGGGCGACGAGCAGGGCCGCGAGUGCAAGGAGCGACGGCUGGCGCCCGACGAGCGGCCCGUGGCCGUGCAGCUGCUGUGGCCGCGAGCCGCCGCCGCCGCCGCCACCGACGGCGCCGGACACCAGCAGGAGUACAGGCUGUACCUGCGGGACAAGCUGUCGGACGCCCUAUGGACGGAGAGCUUCGCCAUGGACCCGCAGGUGAUCCGCGACUACUUCUCGCGCUUCAUGUGCCAGCCGCGCGACCGCGAGUACCCGGAUCUGUGCCAGCUGCCCGACCUCACCGAGGAGACGCUGCUGGGCAACCUGCGCGCCCGCUUCGCCAGCGGCCACAUCUACACGUACGUCAACUCGAUCCUGAUCGCGCUCAACCCGUUCAAGUUCUACCCCAUCUACAACCCCAAGUACGUGAAACUGUACCAGACGCGGCGGCUGGACGAGCUGCCGCCGCACAUCUUCGCGCUCGCCGACGCCGCCUACCAGAAGAUGUUGCGCGACGGCCGCAACCAGUGCAUCGUCAUCAGCGGCGAGAGCGGCAGCGGCAAGACGGAGAGCACCAACUUCCUGCUGCACCACCUGACGGCGCUCAGCCACAAGGGCGCGCUGGCCUGCGGGGUGGAGCAAACCAUCUUGGCGGCCGGCCCCGUGCUGGAGGCUUUCGGCAACUCCAAGACGGCGCACAACAACAACUCGAGCCGGUUCGGCAAGUUCAUCCAGGUGAACUACAAGGAGAACGGCCAGGUGCACGGGGCCGUGGUGCAGAAGUACCUGCUGGAGAAGUCGCGGAUCGUGUCGCAGGCCCGCAACGAGCGCAACUACCACGUGUUCUACUAUCUGCUGGAGGGCGCUUCGGAGGAGGAGCGGCGGCAGCUGCACCUGCUGCCGCCCUCGCAGUACCGCUACCUCAGCCAGAGCGAGUGCAAUAGCCUGGAGGGUGUCGACGCCAAGUACGAGUUCAGCCGGCUGAACUGA